AAUGGCAAACCGCUAACUAUGCUUCGCCACCGAUCCAAAAGAGUCUCAUCAACGAACCGCAUCUUACCUUCCGAAAUUCCCCACCGAACGUCAAACCGAUCGGAAUGCACCUGAACACUCCGAACCACACCGAACCGUCUGAAAAACCGAAAGUAGCUCAGAGCUCUGCAAUACCCCAGCGACAGGAUGAACCGAAAAAGUCGAACCGACCGUCAACCGAACCCCAGUGCUGGAGAUGUGGUGGCAAGGGUCAUCUCCGAGCACAAUGCACCUCGAAACCGCUGCUGUUCUGCUCUCGAUGUGGAGACAAGGAGUUCCCAGCACUGUUGGACACCGGAGCCACCAGGUCCUUUAUCAGCAGUGAAGUGGCCGCCUACUGCAGGGUAGUGGGUAUACAACCGGAUUAUGUUAGGGACGUUACCACCACCGUCGCUAACGGAAGUUCAAUACCGAUUAAAGAAAUAUAUACCGCACCGGUCCGAAUUGGGUCUGAAAUUAUGGAAGCUAAAUUGUUGUUAGUUUCAGAUUUACCGAUCAAUGUAGUACUGGGAAUGGAUAUACUGAGGACACACAACUUUUCCAUUAAUCUCCAAACCGCCGAAUGUUUCCUGAAUGGAAGGUCCAUCCAAGCCCGGCUCAGCGAGCCAGAGAACCGAGGACAACUACAUGCGAUAGGACCGCUUUUGUCGAACCUGAGUGGAGAAGAGAAAGUCAGGCUGGAGGAGUUUCUACAGACCGAAUUGAAGGCAUUCGAGAAGCUCCGAGGAACAACUCCACUGAUACAACACCGAAUUAAACUCAAACCAGGCACCGAACCGAUCAAGCAACGUUACCGUCCCCAAAAUCCGAAGAUGCAGGAGAUAAUAGACAAUGAGGUCGACCGAAUGCUGGCCGAAGGCAUUAUAGAACCGUCUUCAUCCCCGUGGAGUUCACCGAUAGUAAUUGUCAAGAAAAAGGAUGGUAAACCCCGAUUUUGUAUAGAUUUCCGAAUGGUUAACAAUGUCUCCGUUAAAGAUGCCUAUCCGUUGCCUUAUAUUUCAGGAAUUUUAGACAAGUUGAGAAAAGCCAAGUAUAUAUCCACUAUUGAUUUGAAACAGGGUUAUUGGCAGGUACCGUUAGCCCCCGAGAGUCGACCGAUCACCGCAUUUACCGUCCCUGGCCGUGGGCUGUUCCAGUUCAAAGUAAUGGCUUUUGGUCUGCAUUCCGCACCGGCAUCCUUUCAACGUCUUUUAGACCGAGUUAUUGGCCCUGAGAUGGAACCGGAUGCAUUUGCGUACUUGGAUGACAUAGUAGUUCUUGGAGAAACAUUGGACGAACAUCUUGACAACUUAAGGAAAGUUUUCCACCGCCUCAGGGAGGCCAACCUGCAAUUAAAUCCGGAAAAAUUAACCGAGGACGGCAUUUGUACCGAUCCUGAUAAGAUUUCAGCCAUAAAUGAGAUGCCUGCACCGAAAUCCGUACGAGAGUUGAGAAGUUUCCUUGGUGUUGCUUCAUGGUACCGAAGAUUCAUCGAAGACUUCUCCAAAGUUGUGACUCCGUUGACCGCAUUACUCAAGAAGAAGCAAACCUGGAAAUGGGGGACCGCCCAACAGACCGCUUUUGAGACCCUGAAACAGAAAUUGACCCACUCACCGGUAUUGGCCUGUCCGGACUUUUCAAAACCGUUCGUCCUUCAAACCGAUGCAUCCGAUGCAGGACUGGGAGCUGCCCUGACACAGACCGUUGAUGGACAGGAAAAAGUAAUCGCUUAUGCUAGCAGGACCUUGUCAGGUCCAGAGAAAAAUUACUCUGUUACAGAAAAGGAAUGUCUGGCAAUAGUUUGGAGCAUUGACAAGCUGCGUCCGUAUCUAGAAGGCUACCGUUUUACCGUUAUAACCGACCACAUGAGCUUGCGAUGGCUGCAAUCUAUCAAGUCUCCCACCGGAAGAAUUGCGAGAUGGAGCAUAUUUCUACAGCAAUACGACUUCGAGAUAAAGAACCAAUACGGAUAUAGAAGAGGGUCAAGUACAUGUGAUGCUGUAAUGCGGUUUGUUGAGUACACGCUGGAUUGUUUUGAGAGGGGUUCGCUUUCACUAUCAAUAUUUUUAGACCUGAGCCGAGCUUUCGACUGCGUACCGCCGCAGGCUCUUGUUGACAAGCUUUCGAAAUACGGUUUUGACGAGGUUGGUCUCGGACUCAUUCGGUCCUAUUUCUUCAACAGAACACAGAGGGUUUUCUGCAACAAUACUUGGUCCACAGAGGGUCAAUUAAGUCUUGGGGUGCCACAGGGUUCUAUAUUAGGACCCCUACUAUUCAUAAUCUUUAUGAACGAUUUUUCUUUUUUCAUGGCUGCCUACGAACAUCUCUUAUGGGCGGAUGACUCGGGAAUAACUGUGGAGCAUAAGGAGAUGCGAGGAGCUGAGCAGCUGGCGUGUGCAGCAGAAUUAAGGGCUAAGGAGUGGUUCGCACUGAACAAGCUUGUUUGUAAUGAAGAGAAGACUGACACCAUGUUGUUCAACUUAAGAGGACUUAAAGAUCAUAAUGCCAAUGAGUCGAUAAAGUUUCUGGGAGUUCAUCUGGACUCUGGUCUCACAUGGAUUCCUCAUGGCAAUGAAACAGCGUCAAAGGUGACCAAGAAUAUCUUUCUACUACGUAACUUAGCUAACAUUGUAUCCAAGAAGGUUGUUAAGGUUGCCUAUCACAGCCUCAUCGAAUCACACCUGCGAUAUUGUGUACUCAUCUGGGGUAACUGUUCCAGUAGGGAGAAAAUUUUCAGACUGCAGAGAAGAGCGGUUAGAAUAGUGGCUGGUCUGGGAUAUAGGGAUGAUUGCUUGAGCGCUUUCAAAGAACUAAAGAUUCUCACUUUUCCAUCUAUAUACAUUCAUGAAUGCCUUGUCUAUGCAUAUAAUAAUAUCAGGGACCUCCCCAAAUAUGGGGACACCCAUGAUUAUCACACACGAUACAGAAAUGAUAUAAAAUCCAAGUAUAUGCGACUUGAAAAAUCGAAGAAUGGUCCCAAUUUCAUCUCUCAUAAACUUUUCAGUAAGUUACCUGUGGAGGUUAAGAGGCUCACUCCUAAAGAAUUCAACAAAAGAAUCAAUGAAAUAUUGACGACAAAUGCAUUUUGGAGUGUGCAGGAGUUCUUGUCCAGUGACCUGACAUCUUUUGAAAUAAAUUAUUGA